AUGUCCAUUGCCGACAUCCCCUCCCCCCUGCCGACGUAUCUCUACAAGAUCAUCCCCACGGCGCCUCCCGCCACGCUUCCCCAAGAAUGGCCCCUCUCUGACCUUGACCGCAAAGACGGCUACAUCCACCUCAGCACGGCACGCCAGGUCCCCGUCACAGCGGGCCUCUUCUUCAAGGAGCACCAGUCGCUCUGGGUCCUCAAGCUGCGCCUGGCGAGCUUCGCGGCGGGGAACCUCCGCUGGGAGGCCGCCGGGUCGGACGUCUACCCGCACCUGUACGGGCAGAACUUUGGCGCGGCGGAGAUUGUCGACGCCCGGGAGCUGCGGCGCGGCGAGGCGCAGGUAUGGGGGAUUGCGCUGGAGGGGGAGGUCUGGCUCGAGUGA